AUGAACAAAAGAGGCAAAAAGACACCCUGUGAAGGCUGUAGAGAAAGAAAAAAGAAGUGUACAGGGGAAUUACCUUGCGAGAGAUGUCAAAAGCUUGGGACCAAAUGUCAUUAUUUACAGCCUGUAGCUGUUCCAAGUGCUGAUCAUAUUCGAGAUGUCAAUUAUUAUCAAUUACAACUUGAAGUAGAUGCUCUUAGAGAUGUAUUGACAAACAUGGAACAUCAUCUUUGUGCCAUCAGGCAAAGAGCUAGGAUUAAAGACAACAAUAACAAGAGCACUAACGACACAAAAGAUGAUGUCAAUUGGCGACUCACUAUCAACAACGGAUCUAUAUCAAUUCAUACAGAUAUCAAAACAUAUGCUGGACUACUACAGUCUAUCCAAACAAUUGCAGCAGAGCACUUUUCAUUGACAACGCAAACCAUAUUAAAUGAUCAUAUCGAGUUUAUCCAACGACAGAAACUUCCAAGCAAGCUUCGGACUGGAGCCUUUCUUGCCGUUUUGAAAUGCAUAGAAAUGAACAAACAAGGGCAAUUAGCUACAAUAACCUAUGCAUCACGCAGUCAUAAUUAUCCGCUACAGAAUAUCAUCCCACAGCUGAUGCGCAUUUAUUUUUCAUGUCAGUUCUUACGCCGAGUCGUCUUUCACCAACAUACCUUUUUUAAAAUGUUUAUCAAAAGUACGGAUAAAUUAUCGCCGGUAGUUUACGCUCUUUGUGCAACUGUGCUAAGUGAGAGAUGCAGGCACAUCAUCAAGCUAUUUGCUAGUCAAGAACGGAUAAUCCUUGGGGAAAGAUUUUACGAUAAAGCAAGGGAAUUAAUCGAAGCUAAAUUUGAUGAGAUUAGCCUGGAGACAAUGAUGACUUUUACCUUUUUGGCUACUUAUAAAGCAAACCUAUUAUACCCUCAAGAGGCUAAAAUGUAUUUGGAAAUGGCUAUGCGAAUACGGCAGAUAUUAGCCGAAACGACAUACAAGGACCCUAGUUUAUGCGAUAAAGGAGAAUAUAUUACGUUUAAAAGGCAAGGAGUCGCUCUACAAUAUGUUAUCACAGUGCUCCAAUACAUCAAUAAUAAGCGAGGUAUGCCAGUCGAAAUAAAAUCAGGUCGCAACAUAGGAAAUAGGAAGCAAGACAAUAUGGAAAAAUACGAAUAUUCUGUAGAGUAUGACGCCACUGUAUUGCCAGAUGAGCCUCCAGCUAUUGCUCGAUCUAUUGCGGAAAGACACUGUCUGAACCUGAUAGGAAAGGUGAUGUCUCCUUAUUAUAGACGUGUUCGACACGGGGUAGAUGAUAAUAUACCUGUUUCGUUAAUCAUGAAAACCGAAGAAGGGCUGAAACAACUCUAUUUUCAAAAAGUCGAUCCAGACUAUCGCUUGCCUAUGUCGGUAUUUAACGAAGACUUGGACGAUCUGGAGUUUAAGCGAAGAUUGGACAACUGUAGUCAAUGCAGCAUUCAUUCAGUUUGUUUAGCUGUUUUAUUCUAUCAGUCACAUAUAGGACUGUAUGAACCUUAUUUGCCCAGCCUACAGGGAAGUAGAUCACAGACAGACUCAUUACUAGACUAUGCACCUACUGAACACUCAUCAUCCCAAGUAAAUUACAAUAUCCUUAAGCUACAUGCUCAUCAAGUAUGCUUCAAGUCUGCCCGGAUAGUUGUUCGCCUAUUAGAAUAUCUAUGCAAUGCCUUGGAUACAUGCAACGUGAAUUUAGGAAUCUUGAUGUGUGCAUGGGAAAUACAUAGAAGAAAUGCAUGCUUGGAUAUGAAUGAUGAUGAACUGACAAAAAAUGGUGUAUAUACUUAUCUGAGUGCUGAAGAGAUCAAUAUAUCUAGAGCCUACAUGUUUCGAUGUGUUCAAAUUCUCAAGCGAGGUUACAUGUUCAAUCAGACAGAAAGAAGCAGUUGGGAGUUUUUUAAGAAAUCCGAACAACAAAUGAUGGAAGCUUUAUGCAUCUCUCCACAACCGACAGCUGAAUAUUGGGAACCUGCACGUCCAUUUUAA